AUGUCCACAUCGCAAAUACUUCCUACCGAGAAGGGAAGAUUUAUAGGUCAAAUGACAUUCGAGACAAUUUUUGAUGCUAGAGAAGGUUUUUACGCCCUGGUCUUUGCGGCCCACGACUUUAUCGUGGACGCAAUUGAAAUAAGGAUGGACCGGCCGAAAGACUGGACACCUUCCUCAGCCUUAAUUUCGAGACAGAAGCGCCUUCAAACACACUUUCGGAGGUGGCACUCGGCUCUCGAACAUAUGACCCAGAGCUCCGGGAGAUCGUCCACUCGGCAUGAAAUGGAGGCCUAUUCCUUCCUCCAUGUUGCAUAUGGCCAUUAUUUCAUCUUGCUCGCAACUGGUUUAAACCCGAGUCAUCCCCUCACUGUUUACUGUCGCAAUCAAGUGUCGACACCCAAUGAUCCGUCGACAGGCAAUCUCGUUACUCCGAAGGGGGCUCAAAUUGAAAAUACUUGGAGAGCUGACGCGAUGACCGAUGUCACCGAAUGGACGGUUGGGAUCGAGGAAUCCGGCAAUAUUCACGGGGUCUUAUGUGCAGAGCCUUCCCAAAUCGAGCUGCCGCCCGAAAACCAUCGAGUGCAGUGGGACCAGAUUGCCGAGCUCCAAAGUCCUGACAGCCGACCCGCCAAGUUUCACCAAUUUCAAAUGUGGCAGCAAGAUGAGAAUCAUGCAUGA